AUGCCUGGAGAAGCCUUCAUCAGCCGCUCCCAUGUGCCAUGCCUCCUCCUCCUCCUCCACGGCAUGGAGGAGCAGCACGUUGGGCUGCCCAGCGUGGCCCACGGCCACGGCUCCCCUCGCCCAACCGGGAACAAACCCGCUCUGCCCAUCAAUAGCGGGAUUGUACAGAGCCGGGGCAGGUGCCGGGAGCGGGGGCACGGCCGGCGGCACGGGGCACACCUGGACAAACUGCUGUCGGACCUGCGGUCCUUCCUGCUCAUCCUGGACCGGGAAAGCCUCAGCACCGCGGCUCGGGCCAAGAAGAAGUCGGUGGCCGAUCUCCUCUCCCGGCUGCAGAGCCCCCCGUGUGAGUGUGGGUCUGCGGCAGAGGAUGCAGAGUACAUGAUCAUGCGCUGCCUCUCGCCUUCCCCAGGGACCCCGCAGGGCCGGGCCAGCCCGGGAACCAGGAUGGUGGAUGGAACAGGAGGGAGAGCUUGUGAGUGCCGCCCGGUCAGCACCCUGAGCCUGCAUGGAGGGAGCAAGGUGCCGGGCAUCUCGCCAUUCCCACCAGCCGAUGACUCCUACGAAGAUGCCGAACCCCUUGGCCUCGGCAGAUGCACCGGCUCCGGCGGUGCUGACACCGACAGCAGCCACUAUGAGUCAUACGGGGAGGAUGAGGAUGGUGUGACGGACCGUGCCCACUACCUGCGGCGGCCGCCGGCUGCCGGCCCCGAUGCCGAACCCCUCGGCCGCCCCGAAGCACAGCUCUGCGGCUUUCUCUGGAGGAAGCGCUGGCUGGGGCAGUGGGCAAAGCAGCUUUUCAUCGUCCGGGAGCAUGUGCUGCUGUGCUUCAGGUGUGCCGCCGACCCGCAGCCGGUGCUGGAGCUGGACCUACGGGGCUGCCACGUCGCCUACAAAGCCAAGCGUGGUAAGAAGAUGCCGCACAGCCUGAAGGUGACGGGGACGGCGGGCGAGGCGCUGGUCAUCGGCUUCCAGAGCCGGCAGCAGGCUGAGGACUGGAGGAAGGUGAUCGAAGAGGUCAGCAGCGAUGCCCCGAGCGGGCUGGCAGCCAUCAGCAUCCCGGCAUCACCUUCCUCGAGGUUCGGCAGGCCCGGAGAGGAUGCUAAAGGAGGUGCUGUGUGUGGGGACCUGGACGACGGGGUGUCCCUGCACCCUGUGCCACUGCUGAUGGGGGAUGCACCCACAGGUUUCCUGGCGGUGCGGCUGCGCGGGCGGUGGCAGCGGCUGUGGUGUGCGGUGCGGCAGGGAGCCCUGCGUAUGUUCCCCGAGCCCGGCGGUGCCCAGCGCCCCGUCUGCGCCCUGCGGCUGGAGGGCUGCGAGGUCUCCCCGGGGGCGGCCGCCGGGUCCCCCCAGCGCCUCCGCAUCCGCAUCGCCCAGCGGGGCCGGGAGCUCGCCCUGCUGCAGACCUGUUCGGAUGAGGAGAGGGAAGCCUGGUUGAAGACCCUCCGGGCCAGGGGAGGAGGGGAGCCAGCCGGCGACAGGGCCCCCACCGAGACCCCCAGGCUGGCCGAUGCCAGCAGCUGCCCUGCUGCGGGCGGGCUGCUGCUGCGCCGUGUCCCGACCCCCAACGCCUACAUGGAUGACCCCUUCGGGCAGCUCGCACCGACCGAGGUCCCCAAGCACCUCUACUCCAAUGUGGAGCGCCUGCAGCAGCUGCCGCAGAGCUUGGACCGAGCAGUGCCGGGCCAGCGCAAGAGACCCGUGUCUGCACUGCCCGCCGGUGCCUGCAGCAAUGCCCUGGGCAGUGCAGCAUCGGCGGCAGCUCUCCAGGACAGGGCUGCCAGCCCGCAGCGGGCGAAGGUGAGCCCCGAGCUCCGGAGCAGGGAUCUCCCCCAGUCCCAGCGCACCCUGACGCUGCCCGAGAGGAAAGGGGCUCGGGACGGGCUGGAUAUCCUCAUCGGGAAGAGAGCCUUCCCCAAACUGGAGGAGAAGGUGGGACAGCUGGAGAGGGCCUGCCGCAUGAAGGGCAGGCUGAAAGCCGGCUCCGAGAUGAACCUGCUGGCCAUCGGCAAGUCACUGAAGGGUCACAUCGCCACUACUGCCAGCUCGGCUGGCUCCGAGGGUUCAUUCCUCGCGCCGCUGUUGAAGCGCACCGCAUCGGCGAAGAGUGCCCUGAAGCCAUCUCCCUCCCCGGUCCUCAUCGAAAAGGGAAAAGUGCUGCAGAAGAGAAAGGAGUGGGAGAUGAAGUCUGCGAUGUGA